AUGUCUGCACAUGACUUGGCGUGGCUGAGAAUACCCUCUGACACUUGCAAGGGCAUAUACGAUAACAAUAAGAGCGCGUCAAUGGUGGACGCCACGGCGGAUGCCUGGAAGACGUUGGACUGGUCCGGCUGUGACUUGGGCGGUAAGGUGGUUUGCGUUGAUGACCGCGGCGAGGACCUGAGUUGUCACUACUUCAAUUAUCCGUUCGAGUACGACUUCCCGAGGGUCUGGGAGGCGGUCAUCCGUCACCUGAAGCCCUCCCGUUGUCUCCUCACAAACAACGCAGACGUAGUCGUGCACCUCAUCCGUAACGUGGCCCGUGGACGGGCUGCCGCCAAGUAUAUAAAUGCUGACAUGCGCGGCCUCUCCGAAGCAAGCGUGAACAGCCUAGGAUUGAUUUUAGAUUCAUAUGACGAGGUCGCAGCUUGUUCCGGCACUUACAACGGUUGUCAACUACCCGACUGUGGAUGCGUCGAAGGCGUGUUCAGCGCCGAGGCGGUGGACCCGUCCGGGAAGGACGUGGUCUGGGGCUAUGUUGCUGACGUCUUUACCACUGCUCGGGAAAUGAAAGCGAAUUACUCUUUAUUUCAAACGCCAGGCUACUCCCCAAAGUUCUGUAAAUUUGAGUGCUUAAGUCACGCCAAUAAGACGGUCAAUGAAUACAGGACCGAGAUAGCACGAUCCUUGACGUCUUUGCUACUACGUGAAACGUCUCACAAGGCGUCUCACAAGUCACCCCACUCCUCGCCGUUGUAUAAAAAAAAGCGCGAAGUAACCAUGACCAAUUAA